UGCCACCACCCACCUCAGACUUCCUCCUUCACUUGGUUGGACCUACGCCACAUCCCACUGGCCCUUGGACGGUGGUGUCCGGCGGCGUCCCAGCAUGAUGGGGGGCCUCGAACCCUCCGGCAGGCUCCUGCUCCUGCCUCUCCUUCUGACUGUGGGCGGUCUCAGUCCUGUCCAGGCCCAGAGCGAAUGCAACUGCUCCCCCGUGAGCCCCGGUGUGCUGGCGGGGAUCGUGCUGGGCGACCUGGUGCUGACGCUGCUCAUCGCCCUGGCUGUGUACUCCCUGGGUCGCCUUGUCCCUCGGGGACGAGGGGCUGCGGAGGCAGUGACCCGGAAACAGCGCAUCACUGAGACAGAGUCGCCUUAUCAGGAGCUCCAGGGCCAGCGGUCAGAUGUCUACAGCGACCUCAACACACAGAGGCAGUAUUACAAAUGAGCCCAAACCGCGACAACCAGCAACCUGAUGCCUGGAUCCAGCUGUUCCUGAUGCCCACCCAGCCCUUCAGUCCUAUUCCUACCGAGAUACAGAUCUCCAGAGUGUCCUUCCUAACAUUUCAGACCUUGCCCCUCCUCUGCCCCCAAAUAAACAACGCAGAACACAAAAACA